GAGUUGAUCGGUAACUUGCUUCAAGCUUUCAUUAACUUCUACAUCGUUGUCUUUCAUAUUCUGAGCAAAUUCUUCAAUUUCGUCUGUUCAAAGACAAGGUAAAAUAAAUAAAUUAACGCGAGUAAACCUAUAUUCGAGUGAUUGGAACUUUGUUUGAUACGAAGUAAUAUAUUAGUCAAGCGUGCUGUUGGGGAAAACGCCCAUUAGGAAAUCGUAUAUAAACGCGAAGAAUUUGUUGAGAAUCACAUUGAGUCGUAUCUACACUCAGAAGACGUUUAAGAUGAAUUUCAAGUUUCUCGUUCUAUUGCUCCUUGUUGCUUUGUUAGCAAUUCAACAUGGUGAUUCCUGGGGUCGGAGAAGACGCCGGGGAAAGAAACGUAGAGGAUGGCAUACAGCAGGCGACUCGUUUCAAGAAUUUUUGGAGAAUGCGAAGGAUGAAUUCAAAGACGAAUUGUCGGAUGACGACAUAAACAAAUUGGUUUCUGCAUUAAAUUCAGUCUCUGGAAUGAAUCUGGACGAAAUUGAAGAAUUUGCUCAGAAUAUGAAAAUCAACGAUGCAGAAGUUGACGAAAGCCUGAAGAAAGCCACUGAUCAACUCCGUGAGGAGUUACUCCUGAGAACCGCAUUGAUGCGAUAAGUUCAGAAUGAUGCUCUACUAAUUCAUAUAACAAGAUAAUAAAUCUGCCAGCUCUUAUUCAAAAUACGUCAUGAAUAUCUACAUCUGGAAAAUAGGAAAAAUGCGAGACGACAAUUCUACAUAUGUGUGUGCCAUGUUACUUGGAUCAAACAUUAGGCCAUAUUGUUUCUGAAAUCUAGCAAUAGUUAUGCUUAUAGUAUUUUGCUUUAUCAAAUUAUUCAAAUUAGUUGGAGCAUAUUAAAUUGCGGAUUGAUUCCGAUAAGUAAUAAAAUUACUGAGC